CACUGUUAAAUAAUUAAAAUUAAAAGAUAAAACCGUAUUUUUCCGUUUAGUUUUUUCAAACCGUGCAGUGUUCAAAGUAAUUUUCGCCUCACCUCGAUUAUCCGCACUCGUAUUAACGAAUCCGAAAUGCCUCCCAUCAUGGACAUGUUGAAUCUGAACCAACUGCACAUGUUCCAAACGUUAAGAAAGAUAUUUGAGGAUAACGGCGUCAAUGUUGUACAAAAUCUUCUUGCAUACAAAGAUCAAAUGCUGUUCGUAUGGAAUCCAGAUGAAUGCUGUUUAUACACGCUACUGCUGUCUACGUCUCACGAGGAACAACCAUCGUAUCAAAAACUUUACCCAAGUUCUCCACCCUUGUUCGACGUGGACGAAAUAUUGAUCAAUGAACCAGGAACUUUAUGUGCCCUCAUUGGCUCUAAAGGGGUUUCAGUGAUGAAGUUCCCGAAACGGAUGGGAUCCAAAUCUCUAUACGAAAAUGGCAACGGUCAAGGAGAAGGAGUGACGUGCAGCACAUCACUUUUGCAAGAUAAAUUCUUCAUAACCAAGUACUUGACGGAUGUGAAACGAGUUCGAUGGUACCCAGGAAGUCCAGAGGACAAUCACCUCGUGGUGCUCACCAAUAACAAAAACUGUUUGCGACUAUUCAAGGUAGAUAAUGGCACCGGUAAAUUAGUGUCUAUUUGGCGAAUAGGGCCGCAGACUUCUCGUAUGCUCGCUUCGUUAGGCGACACGGCUGUCGACUUUGAUUUCGCACCACCAGUACUACUUGGCGACCGCAACCAAUCGGAAACGUCGAUCAUGUGGCCCAUACUCGUGCUGCAAGGAAAUGGUGAAGUCAUGUGCCUCAAUACAACUGUUGACGAGGAAAUGUGUAUAAGAUCGGCAAAAAUAAUGGGACCCUUAACUAUGUAUCCGCCCGCCGAUGACAAUUACAGUGAAGACGCAUGCUCUUUACUCGUCUUGGACACCGUGCCGCCUUCGGUCGUGAUAGCGUCGAACUUUGGUGAACUUUACAAUUGUCUUCUAUUGCCUGAAACUCAAAAUACAGAUGGUGAAUACACUUCCAGUGACAAACAACACGAAUACAGCUUACACAUCAUCGAAACCGUCGAACUAGAGCUGGGCCUAAACAUUUUAGACUGCAGCGAAUAUGAUAGCUCCAGCACGAUUCAAUUGAAAAAAGACCCAGCCGUUCCAUCCAGAUAUUGGUGUUUACACAAUACAGGCGUACAUUCAGUCACCAUACCGUUAACGGAACUAUUGGAUGAAUUUUCCAAAAGCGUCAAUGACGACGGACGCACUGGGUCUCCUGAUAUACAAGGCCAAAGUUUUGUAGAAUAUCACAUCUGCACGGGUCUUAUGAAUGGAGAAACGAAACCUAUCAAAGGUUUCUCCGUCUUAAACUUUCCAACAGACUUACUAGUCACUUUGCUAAGCAAUGGCGAAGUCGUAACGCAGAGUGUUCCGGACUUUCUUCACAAUAAACUAUCUAUAGCUAAUGUAUACAUAAACCAAGAAAAUCCUUCGGAAGAACAAGCAGACAAUGCUGAUAACGCUGAUAAAAAUGACUUUAGUUCAUUUAUAUGUGCAUUGUUGCAAAAAGGCAACAGUAGUAAAAAUACAAUUCUCAAAUUAGGACCAGAUGUUCCUAAAGACGUUGUAAUACAGAUGGUGUUACAAAAUAUGAGUAUGCGAAGAGAAACAUUAAAUAAUCAUCAAAUAGUUGCUGAAGAAAUUGAGCGACGGGUUCGCAUGCUAUCCAAUGCUAAAGAAAGGCAAUUUUUAGAAAUGCAGCGGUUGGAAGAUGUUCGGCAAAAAUUACAAGAUGACGUAGAAAACAAAGCCGAAAAGUUAGAUGAGAUUAACAACAAACAAGAAGAAUUAACUAAAAGAGCUUCAACAGUUCUUUUGAAACUGGUGUCCGCAUCCCCCGACAGCGUGUCGACUAAAAAAAAACGCGAACUCUUAGAAUCGUAUAAAGCCAAAAUGGAGGUGAUGAACAAGCGCAUCGAAGAAGCCAGAGAAAAAUGGAAUAUAGUGCAAAGCGAAUCAACGUCUGAAAAUAAACAAAUACCUGGAUCCCGAUCAUUAAGGUUAACUCUUGAACAAGAGUUAGUUAUCAAAGGAAAUCUGUCCGAGAUGGGCUCUACAAUAUUGGAUUUGGAGAAAAAAGUGAGAGAAUUAAGAACCGUAGUGAAUACUUUAGCUAGUUGAUUAAUAAUAUUGAUAAGACUGACUAAAUAGUUAUAAUUUUAUAUUUCUGUUUGUAAAAUGUGCGUCAGCUGAUCAUUAUUGAUAACAAAUUCAAAUAAUGUUUAAUUAAAGAAUUAAUAUGUUUCAUCAAAUUUCCCUAGAAUGUUAUUACUUAAUAAAAUCCUAAAAAUAAAUCAAGAUUAUUAUCUUGC